AUGCAGUCAAACGCCAAAGGGGCUGCAGCUCGGUUACAACAAAACUCAUUACUCGCAUCCACUUACACCCACUUGCAACAAGUCACCUGUAUAGCUUAUAUUUUGCAACCAAACAGACUAUACAAUAUUAUAACUGAUCGUACUGCUGAUUUUGUGUAUGAAUUGAAUUUUCUGUUCACAAUAAAUUGCAACAUAUCAGGUGACGAGAUGAACAGCCACAGUAAUUCGGAUAUUUCAUCGGCACAACACCAAGCUGUGGUUGACGGAAUUAUACGUGAUGGAGAUGCAAAUGCGCACUCGAACUUACAGAAUAACAUAUCCGAUGACAACUAUUCACAGCAUUCUUCAAGCACCGCUCAAACACAACAGCUGUCUCCACAGCAAGAUCAAAAUGCCAAUAGAGUAAAUAGUAUGGAUUAUGAUUCAGUUAUAUCUUCUAUUGCAUCAACUUCAAAAGAAUAUGAGCAUUUGCAGGAACAGCUACGAGGAGGGUCAAAACCCAUACCGAGGGAAGAGUCAUGGUACAAUCGGUUUAUCGUGGGUAACUUGGUGAAACAAUUUGUCCCGGCAUAUUUUGUUUCUGUAAUGGGUACAGGGAUAUCCUCCACAAUCUUGUACAAUUUCCCAUUCCCAGCCCAUUGGCUACAGGUUUGUUCGUACAUCAUGUUUGGGAUCUGCUGCCUCUUGUUUAUCGUAAACAUGGUAUUUUUCAUUAUGCAAGUGGUUUACUUUCCACACAAGUUGAGAACGUACCAUGUCGAUCCACUACAGGCAUCAUACAUGGGCUGUCUUUCCAUGGGGUUCACAACAAUAGUCAACUACAUUUCGUUUAUCACGAAAGGACGUCACAUGUAUCUCGUGUGGACAUUGUGGUGGAUUUCAGCUGCCUCGGCAUUAUACACCGCUUUUCCGAUAGUCUACAUUAGUUUCUUUUCCAAAUUGAAUGCAGUUGAGUCCGACACCAAAUUGAACGCUACUUUGUUGCUCCCGAUAGUGGCACUUACAGUGUCAUCAUCCUCGGGUCAUUUAAUCGAGUUGAAUUUGUAUAAAUUGAACGAAACCGUCAUCACCAUGAUUGUCAGUUACAUGAUGUGGGCAUUGUCAAUUUGUUUGGCGUUUGCGAUCAUCACUAUAUAUAUUUGGAGGUUGAUUAUGCACAAGAUUCCACCAACGCAAUUGGUCUUUACCGGGUUUUUACCAGUAGGGUUCUUGGGACAAUCUUCAUACAGCAUUUACUUAUUUGGAAACAACUUGAAUGAGCUUAUUCCGGAAGAUUUGAUAUACGGGAAGAUAUUUCUCUGUAUAGGGGGGUUUCUCGGAUUGUUUAUCCUUUCAUUCGGUUACUACAUGACCUUCAUAGCUGUCGUGUCAAUCUUCUCAAAGAUUCGUCCAUUUGCCAAACUACCAAACAAGAAGCAUACCAACAAGUAUGGACUUUUGAAACACCACAAAGGGUUCUGGGCAAUGACUUUCCCCUUGUGUACCAUGUCCUUGUCCAAUACAGAAAUUGGAAAAGGUGGUGUGGGGAACUAUUCAUUAUUGACUUUUAAAGUAAUGGGUGCUGUAUUUGCAGUCGCUGGUAUUGGAGUGACAAUUAGUUGUCUUGUCGGAGUUGCCGUCUACUCCUAUGACUCAGAUCAUUGGGCUUCGUUAUUCACUGCGGCGCUCGUAUUGUUUGAAAACUCAAUAGCUACACAAUCGAGAUUGAUCUUGCUCGAUUCGGCUUUGAUCUUGGGUCAGGCCGGUGCAAUCUAUUGCUUUAGGCUAUCUACCAAGACAGAGACAGAAGGAAGGUUGUGGUGGAUAUCUUUAAUCGCAACUGGACUAGCGCUAGGCUGGACAAUCUCGAUCAAAUUGACUGGCUUUUAUACGGCGUUAUGGGCUGUACUCUUUUCCUUGUGGGAUUCCUAUCAAUUGCUUGGUGAUUUAACGGUAUCUACAUUCAAAUGGAUCAGAGUCCUAUUCUACAAGCUCUUGGUGUUACUGGUUGUACCAUUGACGAUAUACCUUUCCCUAUGGAAAAUACAUUUUGAUCUACUACCAUUCCAAGGCCCCCACAGUGGACUCAUAUCCCCUAGACUCAGAUCCACUUUCCAAGAUUAUAAAACUUCACCGGUAGAGGUGUUGUAUGGAAGUACAGUCACAAUCAAACACAAUAACCUCGAAAAGUAUCUCCACUCGCACGAUAAAUCUUACCCCAGGGGAACCCAAUUACAACAGGUGACAUUGUAUGGCUACGAGGAUCCUAACAAUGAAUGGGUUGUUGAGAUCCCACGCAAGUUUUACGAGCACAAGCAUUACAACCAAAGCCGCCCCGUUAAAGAUGGAGAGAUUAUUAGAUUGUACCAUAAAGCAACCGGAAGGUACUUACAUGUGAAUGAUGUGAGACCGCCCAUCUCUGAGCACGACUACUCCAAAGAAGUCAACUGUAAUGAAACAAGGGGGUUGUUGGGAGACACGGAGUACGAGUUUAGGUUGCGGAUUCUAAACAAAAAGCCACAUUCCACGAAUAAUUUACCAAUGAUCAAAUUACGUGCAACUGAAACAAUAUUCAUGUUGGUGAGCAGGGACAAAAAGUGCAAUUUGAUAAGCCAUGAUAGCAAACUCCCCAGCUGGGGCGAUUAUCAAAAUGAGGUACUAUGCGUUGAAGAAUCAACAAUCCCAAACUCGUUAUGGUACAUUGAAUCCAACCUGCAUCCAUUACUAGACGGGCCUAAAACACAAGUGGACUUCGGACUGGUAUCGCUUCUCACUAAAAUUUGGGACCUCCACCAGGCAAUGUUCAGAGUCAAUGCAGAUUUCACCACUCCACAUAAGUAUAGCUCCCGACCAGAAGCUUGGCCAUUUGUGCUUAGGGGUGUUGCUUAUUUCCAGAGCUUGCCUCAAUAUACAAGCUUGACUGAGCACACCAGUCAGAUUUACUUUUUGGGAAAUGUCACAACGUACAUACUCAGCUUUAUUGUUAUUGUUGUUGUCAUUGCCAAGCUUGCAUUCUAUGGGUUGCGAAAUUUGAAUCCAUAUGUGGCGUACCUUGAUCCCGAGCCAAAGCAAAAGUUUUAUGCAAAUGCGUUGUUGUAUAUUGCCGGUUGGGCGCUUCAUUAUUGGCCGUACUUUUUCCUACACCGCAAUCUUUACGCUCACCAUUACUUGCCAGCAUUGUAUUUUGCCAUAUUGAAUUUAGGAGAGUACAUGAAUUACCAACACAAAUUUGUUCGAGUUUCAUUGAUGGUAGCUGUACUUUCAGGUGCUAUUUACUGCUUUGAAGAAUAUGUGCCGCUAAUAUAUGGAACCGAAUGGACGGUAGCCGCGUGCGUUGUCCAUAAAUGGUUUCCUGGUUGGAAUAUGGAUUGUAUGACUUACGGAGGGUAA